UUAUAUAAAUUAACCAACCACUUCUUAUAUAUGGAGAAUACACUCCUGAAUAGUAGUAAUCAGAUUCCAGAAGACGACCAAAGAGGAUGGGAUUAUUCAACAAUGCUUUCCAAUAUGGAAAAGUAUGUUAAGACUUCCAGCUCUUACUGUCUCUGAGAUGUUCCAAAAGAUGCAAUGGAUAUCUUAACCCAGAUGAGUUCUGGGAUUUAUUUCUCAGCUGAUAUGUGGAAUAUGCUUCCUGCACUAAAUGCUUUUUGGACAUCACCGAAUCUGAUUGAAGACUAUUAUGGCCAAGUUGGAGUUCCUCUGCAAUAUUAUUCUUAUUUUUCUCCCUUCCAAGGGAGUAGUAGGAACGAUAAGUAUGAAUCUAAGUCAGAUUCUACUACCAAGGACUUCGGCCCAAGUGACGAAGCACAGCUAGCUUAUUCGAAAAUAGACAUCAAGUCACAAGAGGUUAACAACACCAGAUCUAAGACAGAGGACCUCGACAACUAUAUUGAAGAGGUAGUCUACAAAUCCAACGAUACUAAGAGAAACAGAGUGGUGUACAAAUGCAAGUUUGAAGGCUGCUCUAAGAAAUGCUCCAAGAGAUGGAAUUUGAUAGACCACAUCAAAAUGCACUUAGGAGUUAAACCUUAUGAGUGCGAACAAUGCGGUGCUAGGUUUACCCAGAAGGGAAACCUGAAGAAGCAUCUCAAAGUACAUCUUGUGCCUAGCUUGAAUCAACGCAAGGUACAUAAAUGCAAGUACUGCUCUAAAUCUUACACUGAGCGGUACAAUUUGAUGCAUCAUAUGCAGACCCAUUUGUAAAUAUCCUAUUGGGUCUUGCGCUGUAAGAUAGAAACUUUAACAUAGAUUCUUUACCAUAGUUCAUU